UUUCCCAUCUCGCUUCGCCUCUUCCUCUCUGAUGUACUGGCCAUGUGACGUGCCUGUCAAAACGCGAGUCAGAGAGGAGCUAGCCACUGAGUGUUAGCAGAUAUGUCUUGUAUCUCUUGUGUUAGCUUAUUGACUAGCAGAACAUUUUGUAGGAGAAGUAUUUAGCUAAUUCUUUCAGAUUUCUGUUUCAAUUAAGUUGUAAUUAGGGGUCGGUCAAGACCAACAUGGAAUUUUGCUAACGCGUUAUAAUUUUUGUGUCCUCUCGCUAACAUGGCAAGUUAGUUAGCUAAUCAAUUUGCUUGCUAUUUGUUUGGAUGUCAUGGCUUCGACGAAUGACAGAGGAAUUCUCUUAAGGUUACCUCCACGGAUUAAAGACACUAUUUGAUCGACGGGUUGGACUUGACAUUUCAGACGUACCUUUUUCUAACGUUGCACAAAAGUGUUUUGUUAUUGUCACUAACGGUACAGUACUGUGGCUGACUAACGAGUUAGUGCAUAGCUAGCUAAAACGAAACAACAGUUAUCUUCAACUGGUUUGAUAAUUUAUCGGGAAGUCAACUAGGUAACUACCAAGACUCCACAAUGCAUGACGCUUACGAAACGGUCCCUAUCCUGGAGAAACUGCCUCUUCAGAUUGACUGUCUUGCGGCUUGGGAGGACUGGCUUCUGGUAGGGACUAAACCAGGCCAUCUCCUGCUCUACAGGAUAAAAAAGGAUGCAGGUAGCAACCGGUUUGAGGUGACUCUGGAGAAGUCCAACAAGAACUUCUCCAAGAAGAUCCAGCAGCUGUUUGUCGUGUCUCAGUACAAGGUCCUCAUCAGUCUGUUAGAGAACAACAUCCAUGUACAUGACCUUUUGACCUUCCAGCAGAUUACUGUGGUCUCCAAGGCCAGAGGGGCAACGCUCUUCGCCUGUGACCUGCAGCAGUCCCCCUCGGGAGAAGCCCAGCUGAGGAUGUGUGUUGCUGUGAAGAAGAAGCUUCAGCUGUACUACUGGAAGGACAGGGAGUUCUACGAGCUACAGGGGGACUUUUCUGCUCCGGACAUCCCGAAGUCCAUGGCCUGGUGUCAGAACUCCAUCUGUGUCGGGUUCAAGAGGGACUACUACCUCAUCCGGAUGGAUGGUCGUGGUUCCAUCAAGGAGCUCUUCCCCACGGGGAAGCAGCUGGAGCCCCUGGUGGUCCCCCUGGCUGAUGGGAAGGUGGCGGUGGGCCAGGAUGACCUCACGGUGGUGCUCAACGAGGAGGGGGUCUGCACUCAGAAGUGUGCUCUGAACUGGACCGACAUCCCCAUCGCAAUGGUACACAGGCCGCCAUACGUACUGAGCUGCCUGCCCCGCUAUGUGGAGAUCAGGACCUUUGAACCCAGACUGCUGAUCCAGAUUGUGGAGCUGCAGAGACCACGAUUCAUCACCUCAGCUGGGCCCAAUAUAGUGUACGUUGCCAGCAACCAUUUUGUCUGGCGCCUGGUACCUGUGUCCAUCGCCAGCCAGAUCAAACAGUUACUACAGGACAAGCAGUUUGAACUGGCCCUGCAACUGGCCAAUAUGAAGGACGAUGUGGAAGGAGACAAGAGACAGCAGAUUCACCACAUCCAGAAUCUCUAUGCCUUCAAUCUGUUCUGUCAGAAGAGGUUCGAUGACUCCAUGCAGGUGUUCGCUAAGCUCGGCACAGAUCCCACCCAUGUGAUUGGUCUGUAUCCCGACCUGCUCCCCGCUGACUACCGUAAACAAGCUGCACUACCCCAACCCCCUGCCCAUCUGUCUGGGGCAGAGCUGGAGAAGGCUCACCUCGCGCUCAUAGACUACCUGACACAGAAACGCAGUCACCUGGUGAAGCAGCUGAAUGACUCGAACCCGCACCCCGUCUCCCUCAUGGAAGGAAUUCCCACCAUCAAGAGCAGGAAGAAACUCCUGCAGAUCAUCGACACCAGUGCUCAAAUGCUACUGCAUUGCUACCUGCAUACCAACGUGGCCCUGGUGUCCCCUCUGUUGCGUCUGGAUAAUAACCACUGUCACAUUGAGGAGAGUGAGUACAUCCUGAAGAAGGCCCACAAGUACAGCGAGCUCAUCAUCCUCUAUGAGAAGAAGGGCCUGCAUCAGAAAGCCCUGCAGGUGUUGUUGGAUCAGUCCACCAAGGCUAACUCUCCUCUAAAGGGACAUGAGAGGACGGUGCAGUACCUCCAGAGACUGGGGAUGGAGAAUCUGGUCAUUAUCUUCGAGUUCUCUCCCUGGGUUCUGAAGAUCUGUGCUGAGGACGGACUCAAGAUCUUCACUGAGGACCUCACGGAGGUAGAGACCCUUCCCAGAGACAAGGUCCUGAACUUCCUGAGGGAGGGGUUUAAGGAGCUGGCUGUCCCCUACCUGGAACACAUCAUACACAUCUGGGAGGACACGGGACCUGAGUUCCAUAACGUCCUCAUUCAGCUGUACCUGGAGAGGGUCCAGGGGCUCAUGAAGCAGUACCUCAACGCCCUGCCCGAGGGGGUUCCUGCAGUGGCUGCUGGGAAGGAAGAGGGGGACCUGGGAGAGUUUAGGAACAAGCUUCUGUGUUUCCUGCAGGUCUCUACCAGCUACGAGCCUGGACGACUUAUCAGCGACUUCCCCUUUGAUGGUCUUCUGGAGGAGCGGGCCCUGCUGCUGGGUCGGAUGGGGAAACAUGAACAGGCCCUCUUCAUCUACGUACACGUCCUGAAGGACACACACACGGCAGAGGAGUACUGUCAUAGGCAUUAUGACAAAGAGACGGACAGAAACCAAGAUGUGUACCUGUCUGUUCAGGUCCAGGAGGAACGUAUCUUCCACCAACAGGUGAAGUGUAUCAUCACAGAGGAAAAGACCUGCAGGGUCUGUAAGAAGAAGAUAGGAAACAGCGCCUUCGCCAGGUAUUCCAACGGUGUUGUAGUUCAUUACUUCUGCUGUAAGGACCGAGGAGUGUGUCCUACGGAGCAGUGACGCAGCUAUCGCCCCCGUCUGGACGCAAAGCACUCUGGGAUACUAACAGAGCAGACCGCCGUGUACUAAAAUGACAGAAUUGUUUCCUCCUGUGGACUACGUGUUCCUAGCAGCACCCCGGGAAGGCUGGUUUGAAACGACAUCACAGCAGCUGGGAUAUUCAGGAGGAGAGGACUCCUCCAUCUCUGGAACUCUAGCGGCUUCUCUCUGGAACUCUAGCGGCUUCUCUCUGGAACUCUAGCGGCUUCUCUCUGGAACUGCUACCGGCUACCUGUUCUGCCCCACAACCCCAGCUACCUAUUCUGCCCCACAACCCCAGCUACCUAUUCUGCCCCACAACCUCGGCUACCUGCUAAACUACAGUACCACUCCCUCUCUCUCUCUCUCUCUCUCUCAUCCGCAGACUCUACUCAGUACGCUACAGAGACUACAUAGACUAACUCUUCUUCUCUGAUGCCUUGUGUGACUUUUAAGAAUGUACUUAAAAGCAGCCAUUUUCUUUUCAGUUAGCGUGUGUUUCUGAGGGAAUGGUCUAAAAAAAACAGACUUAAGAUUCAAACGUAACGACUCCAUUUCUAGCAUGGUCCAUGUGCACAAACACACCUUUUUUUUUAGAUCCGCUGCACCAAUAUAACCUGUUCUGAAAGCUAUUGAGACUGACCUGUAUUUGGAAGUAGAUCCACAGUUUCAAAAUGUGUGUCCUUUAUUCAUUGAUACAAUAUUCUUUCAUUUUGGAAAAAACCCGAAAGAAAAUGUCAGCUGCUCAGCCCAUGUUUCCUUAUUCCGGGAAGUAAUCGGUGAAAUGGUUCUGUCUUUACCAUGCGUUUAGUCUCCUUAAGAUGUUUUGUACGUCAGAUUGGAAUGAAAGUUAAUAAGAUAUGGGGUGAAUCCCGAAUGGCUCCCUAUUCCCUUUCUAGUGCACUACUUUAGACCAGAGCCCAUAGGGGGGAGAGGAGAAUAAGGCAAUAGAGAAGGGGAGCUGAACUGAGCUGCCGGAGGGGAAGGAAAUGACAUCACUUUGACGUCAGAACUUGUGUUGAACUAUGCUAUUCCCUAUAUAGUGCACU